UGAUAAUCGCUGUCCACGGUGCCCAGCUGUGGUCCUGUCGUGACCUGGUGACUUGUUGUUCUGCGGGUCGUCUGCCAGCCGCUGCCGCUGAUCUCGCGUAGGAGAUGGAGCCCCGGCCUGCAAGCUCCAGGUAAAUAAGUUGCCCCUCUACCGCCCGCCCCACGAUCAGCAGAGACGAUGCAUUGUGCGCGCCGGCGACAGCAUGGAAUUCGAGGUGUCGUACAGCCUCGAAAAUGAAGAGGAGUUCUGGGCCGAGCUCGAUGAUAUCCUCUCCGCAGACUGCCCAGCCCACGAGCAGAUAGACAACGCCCUGCGAUCCUACCUCAGCUUCACCAAAGGCUUCAAAGAGGAAUACCUCCAAACCGAAGACGACAUCGAGCAAUGUGUUCGCAAGCUGUUUGAAGCCCCGCUCUUCACGGCGCACAAGGCCUACGUGCGGAGACAGUUUAUAUACUCUCUGAUCCAGGAAGAUGAUCCCGCGACCCUUCACCUUGUCGCAGCCUUCCUGCUGUUCGACGGCACCGACGAUGAUGACCGUGACACAUUCAAGAUGAUGGAAACCGAGGGGGCAUUCAGCAGGCUCGUGGAGCUUAUCAAGAAACUCGACGGAGACGAUCAUAGAGAGCUGCACCGGAUGCUUCUGCAGCUGUUAUAUGAGAUGGGGAGGAUACAGCGCUUGACAUACGCGGACUUGUCCGCCAUCGACGACACGUUCGUGCUCUACCUCUUCCAGGUCGUCGAGGAGCUCUUCAAUGACCCCAACGAUCCCUAUUGCUACCACGUCAUUCGCGUUCUGCUAGUCCUGAACGAGCAAUAUUUCGUCGCUAAUAUUCCGCCGCCUCCUGUUCCCCUCACGAAUCGGGUGAUCAAGGCUCUUUCAACCCAUGGACACAUAUACAAGACAUUCGGAGAAAACCUAAUCCUUUUAUUGAACCGGGAAGUCGAAACUUCUUUGACCCUUCUCAUCCUCAAGCUACUUUACCUCCUCUUCCUCACCGACAAGACGGCAGACUACUUCUACACCAACGAUUUGCACGUGCUGAUUGACAUCAUCAUCCGUAACCUGCUGGAUCUUCCAUCCGACUCGAUUUCCGCAAACGCUGUCCGCCACACGUACCUUCGCGUGUUGCAUCCGCUUCUCGCCAACAGCCAGGUCAACCAGCCUCCGCACUACAAACCCUCAGAGCUGCUCAGGGUGUUGAACAGUUUGAGCGAGUCCAACGACAACCCGUGGAGACACUUUGACUCCAGAGACGAAACGACGAUUCGUUUAGCCAAGCGGUGCGCGGAUGUGGCAUGGCUCAAGCCGCGGCAAAGUGGCAUUGCCUCUCCCGACGCCGAUGCAGGCCGCGAAAGCCCUAGCACCGACUCUGGGCAUAAGACGGUGGCGCAACGUAUGUUAGGUAUGAGCGUUCCUUCAGCGGGAGAUAGUGCACUCAGCGUUGUAGAGGUCGCAACACACACGGAGAAGCCCGGUGUCUUGACACCCAGCAAAGAACGUGGAGAUCAGGGCUAGAGACGAUGGGUGGAGGGUAAUGUGUCGUAUUGCUUACUGCGAGCUGGGCAAGCAUGGUGUUGGGGCUUUCGGGAAUUCAAUAGCACAAAUGCGAAGACUCCAAAAUUCGGCCU